CCACAUGAAUCGGAUGGUCGGGAGUGAACCCAAUCAAGAAAGAUCCAAUCUGAAAAAUCUUUCCUUUCCCAGAUAUCACACCUUAUAUAGUACUGCAUCACUUUGCUUCUUUUAGGUAAGCAAGGAGAGAAGAAAAAUGGUUGACACUUUCAGUAUAGAGAGCAGGCUUCUUAUAAGAGAGUUUGAUGAAGAUAGAGAUGUUAAGGUGGUGGGGAAGCUUGAGAAGAACUGUGAGAUUGGGACUAAAAAGGGGGUCUCCAUUUUCACCAACAUGAUGGGUGACCCUUUAUCUAGGAUUAGGUUCUAUCCCCUUCAUGUUAUGUUGGUGGCUGAGCUGCUUGAAAGCAAGGAGCUUGUCGGUGUGGUUCGAGGGUGCAUUAAGAGUAUGCGAACUCCUUCUGAAUCAUUGCUGAAGAUAGGUUGCAUACUAGGCCUUAGGGUCUCUCCUACACACAGGAGAAAGGGGAUAGGACUAAAACUUGUCAACUCAGUCGAAGAAUGGAUGCUGAGAAAUGGGGCUGAAUAUGCAUUCCUAGCAACAGAAAAGAACAAUGAUGCCUCUAUAAACCUAUUUACCAACAAAUGCAAAUACGUGAGCCUCAGCUCACUUGUCAUAUUUGUCCAUCCAAUUAUUAGUUUCCCUGCAAAGCACAUUCCUAAGGAUAUAAAAAUUGAGAAGGUGAACAUGGAGCAGGCAAUUUCCUUAUACAGAAGAACCCUUAGGGCCAAAGAGUUGUACCCAUUAGACAUGGAUUCUAUUUUGAAGGAGAAGCUCAGCUUGGGAACCUGGGUGAGUUAUUACAAAGAUGAAGGGUGCAGGCUCAACUUGCAGAGGAAUAUGGUAGAGAGUGUCGAUGAAGACAUAAUUACCAAUGAAAUCACAAGCUCAUGGAUCAUCUUUAGCAUAUGGAAUACUUGUGAGGCUUAUAGGCUUCAACUUAAAAAGUCUCAGCCACUUAGGUUUCUCCAUACAACAUUAAAUCAUGCAAGAGACAAAAUCUUCCCUUGUCUGAGAAUGUCGGUGAGUGAAUCACUCUGCACACCCUUUGGGUUUCUCUUCCUCUAUGGACUCCAUGGAGAGGGAGAGAACCUUGGGGAGUUAAUGGAAUCCAUAUGGAGGUUCACAUCAAGGUUGGGAGAAAGCUUGAAGGACUGCAGAGUGGUUAUAACUGAGUUAGGGUUUGGGGAUGCACUUGUAAACCAUGUCCCUCUAACAGCUUCUAUGUCAUGUAUCGAUGAUAUCUGGUACACUAAGAGAAUUUCAAGCCACAGUGAUGAAAACGAUGAUGAACUGCUGAUGAAGAGACAAAUCGGGAACGUGUUCGUUGACCCUAGAGAUUUUUAGGUAUAUAAGCUUCACACGGCUACUUUUUGUUGAUCUAAGUUGCAAAGGCUUCGUCUAUAGCAUCAUGAGAUCGCAGCAUAUUGAGAAUUAUGUAUACCAUUGACUUUAAAUUAUCUCUUAGCUGAAGGACUACAUUUAUGAUUAACAUCAA